CCACCCCUCACCUCCAGCCUACGGUGAAAAUAAUAGUGCCUCCCGGAUUGCUUUGAGAAUUACAAGUAAAACACACUUCCUAGUUUACUAAAACAACCCAAUAAAUGUUCGCUACUAUUACCACAUCAACACCCUUUCUGCUCUACUUUUCCCACCCCUCUGACCUUGGCCUACUCUUUGCCUUCGGAAUAUGACCAAGAAAACAAUUAUGCUGGAGUGGAAGAAGCGCUUGGAUUUGGAGUAUACUCCUGACCAUGUAGCUGGACCUGGAACAGACGUUGAUCCUACACAAAUAACCUUUCCCGGAUGCAUUUGCCUCAAAACUCCCUGCCUCCCUGGUACUUGCUCCUGUCUCCGUCAUGGGGAGAACUAUGAUGAUAAUUCAUGCCUUAUAGAUAUAGGAUCGGAAGGAAAGUGUGCAAAGCCAGUUUUUGAAUGCAACGUCCUAUGCCAGUGCAGUGAUCACUGCAGGAACAAAGUAGUCCAGCAGGGUCUGCAGUUCCAACUCCAGGUGUUCAAGACGGAUAAGAAAGGCUGGGGACUUCGUACCUUGGAAUUUAUACCAAAAGGACGGUUUGUCUGUGAAUAUGCUGGUGAGGUUUUGGGAUAUUCUGAAGUACAGAGAAGAAUUCAGUUACAAACAAUACAGGACCCAAAUUACAUUAUAGCCAUUAGAGAACAUGUUUACAACGGGCAGGUAAUAGAAACAUUUGUUGAUCCUUCCUGCAUAGGAAAUAUUGGAAGAUUUCUUAACCAUUCUUGCGAGCCAAACCUGUUGAUGAUUCCUGUCCGAAUUGACUCAAUGGUACCAAAGUUGGCACUUUUUGCAGCCAAAGAUAUUUUGCCAGAAGAAGAACUCUCUUAUGAUUAUUCAGGAAGAUUUCUUAAUCUAAUGGACAGUGAAGACAAAGAAAGGCUAGAUCACGGGAAAAUAAGAAAAUGUUGUUAUUGUGGUGCCAAAUCAUGUGCUGCUUUCCUGCCUUACGACAGUUCACUGUACUGCCCCUUAGAAAAGCCAAACAUCAGUUAGGAGCAAAAAACAUAGGAGAAACACGUUAGACCUCUCUCAGUGGGCAAGAGUCAGAAGGAACUGGGCAUGUCCAACUCAGCCCCUUCCUUGAUCCUCUCAGAAGCAGUUUAGCCUGGGGGGACGUCUGCUCUGUGCUAAGCACUUGAGCUUCGCUACAGGGGAGAACAGUGGUGGUCUGGCUCUGCCUGUGUCUGGCUGCAGAAGUUUAACUCAGGAAUAUGGCAAAGACUAUAAAUCAUCUAACAUCACUCCUUCUUCCCUUCUAUAGUAGCAUUCUUAAUUUUUAGUUCGGUACUUUUGCUAGUUAGAUGUGGCUAAAUGACUACGUUCUAGCUAGUGAGAUAGAAGCAAAAAAAGAUGUGUCUUUAAAUGGAGACGUUUUUCCUUAUUCCACUCUUUCUUCCUGUUGGCUAGAAUGCAUGCAUUUAGCUGGAGCGGGGACAUCCACCCUAGACCCCGGAAUGACCCUAGAAAAGGAGGCCAUACAUAGCUAAUGAACAAAUAUGAAAGGAGUCUGGGUGCCAGAUCCUCUGAAACUCUCUCACUCCUCUGGAAUUUUAGGUGAGAGUCUCUCCCUCAUUUAAGCCACGGUUAGUUUCAGUUUUCUAGCACUAGCACCAAACCUCAUUCUAAUGAUCCAAGGAAACCCUUGUGGCUACAUACCUAAGCUUUGCUUUCCCAUCAGUUUUAUCAGUAAUAAAGCUGAUAUUUUCAUUUC